AUGGACACGCUAUUGCAUGCAAAAAUACUACUGGCGGCCGACGUAGAAUCUUUGAAAACGGGUUCUUUGGACCAGAGAUACGUGAGUAAGGCUGAGCAUAUAAUCGGUGGUGAAUCAUACCAGCUAGUGCAGCAAUUUGUCGACCAGUUCAAAGGCAAGGUCAAUAUUGCUGGAGAUAUCUCUACAUCUAGUGUUCUCAGAGCUCUAAGUGUAUUUCUUGAAGCUGAAGUUAUCAAAGCAGGUCAAGAAAAUGAAAUGCUUUUUUUAGCCAUUGCUUUGCUACAGACCUUUAUUCAAAAUAACUAUACAGGCCCAGCAGCAAGGUUGAAUGCGGUCUCAGGUUUGUUUAGCAAAACUGAAGCCGAGACAGGCGCCAUCAAUAAAGCUCUCAUCCGCUCGUUAGCUAUAAUGGGUCAAUCAGCUUACGAAUUAAUGGAUGAUCCAUUAUACCUGGUUUUGUCGCUUUUGCUAUUAGAGCAAGUCACCGGCCAAGGCAGCUUAUUCGAUACAACACCAGGUGAAGAACCUUCACUACCCGUUAUUUCUCCUGAAUCUACUUCCGCCUGGUUGGCCGUAGCUUUUUGGUGGAGGGCAAGAGCUCUUUUGACUCACUUGUCAUUGAUUCCAGAGCCUUCCGGAUUCCAAGCUAGUGUUGCAGCAACGAUAUAUCAAUCUACAGACUUGGCGCAUGCGGUGGUGAAGGAAUUACCAGAAAACGUCGAUGAACAUUUCAAAAGACAGCUAUAUGCAGCGUAUUAUUUGGAGAAUGUCAAGUGCUCAUUGGCUAUCAACACAGAACAUUUGUGUCUGCCAUCCUUGACCAAAGUAAAAAAAAUAACAAACUUCGAAUUUGUGAUGACAGGUGCACGUGCUACUAGAACUAAAUAUCAGCAAAAGGCUCAUGCAGGGUUAAUCAUUCUUGCCAAGUCGUCUACAUUUCAAAACGUUGCCGUGAACGCGAAGUCUGUUGCCCCGGAAAUAUUCACCUUAGAAUCGGAUUUAUUACUAGAGAAGCCUCAUUUUGAAUCCAUUGCUGACGAGCCUUUACACGGACAAAUUUACAGUAAAAGGCCAAAACUAGAUCUAGAUUCGGGUUACGAAGAAGAUAAGCUAUUGCCAUUGGCGCUACGUCAAGAGAACAUUCCAAAGUCACUGCUCGAUUUGGAUCCUAACAAUCAACCUGCCUUAUCUGAUUACGACAAUAUCCAAUUACUAUUACGCCUUUACACCAUAAAGAAUACUACUCCAGCCAAAGAUCCACUCGUGGAAGAAGAACUCACUGCUCUGCUUUCUAGGAUAUUGUAUCAAGAUGGUGCGAAAGAUUGGUCUGUUUUCGCGCGUUCAUUAUGGGAGAGAUCCAUUAUUGAAACAACAAAGGCUAAAACUAUUGAGAGAGGGCUUUUACAAAUGCAAUCUCUUGUGGAGGAACUCGAUAUAAAGAUUCAAAGUAAAUUGAUUCCAAGCCUAGAUGAAAUUAAUGUUGCUAGCAGGCUGUCAUAUAUCCAUCAACUACCAUUCCUUCCUAGAUGGGAACUGGAUGCUACUUUAGCCGAAAAGUAUAUGUCGUUGGGUAUUUUAAAAUCAGCUGUGGAGAUUUACGAGAGACUAGGUAUGGCAUGUGAGACUGCAUUAUGUUAUGCUGCCGUUGGGGAUGAAAAAAAAGCAGAGGAAAUCCUCUUACAAAGGAUCAAGGAAAACGAUUCGGAUGCCAGGGCGUACUCCAUCAUGGGUGAUAUAAAGCAGGAUCCAUCCUUUUGGGAAAAAAGCUGGGAAAUCGGAAAGUACGUUAAUGCCAAAAAUUCUCUUGCCAGAUAUUACUUUAAUCCUCCUCCGAAAUCCGGAAUACAACCAAAUUAUUCUGCAACUUUAAAGCAUUUGAAUGACUCAUUGAAGCAAUACCCACUGAGCUUUGAAACAUGGUAUUUUUAUGGUUGUGUUGGCCUACAAUGUGGAAAAAUGGAAUUAGCCGCUGAGGCAUUCUCUAGAUGCGUUUCCUUAGAUCCUUACCAUGCUCUAUCGUGGUCUAACUUAAGUGCCGCAUAUAUGAAAAUGGAUAAACUGAAAGAAGCUUAUAGUUGUUUGAAAAGAGCUAUUGCAUCCGACGCGCAGAAGAAUUGGAAGAUUUGGGAGAAUUAUAUGCUUGUUGCCGUUAAAUUGAAUGAAUGGGAUGACGUCUUAGUGGCAUGUAGACAAUUAGUCAGUAUCAGAAGAGACAAAGCUGGUGAAGGUUCUAUUGAUUUACCAAUCGUAGAGAAAUUAGUGGAGCUGUUAGUGACUAGCGAGUAUCCAGCGGAAACAGAAAUGUUUUCUUAUUUUCAAAAGAGCUGCAUGGAGUUUAUUUGUAACACUUUACCUCAAGUUGUUACCACAAGUGCAAGAUGCUGGCGAUUGGUUGCAAGAGUAGAGCUUUGGAGAAAGAGACCAUGGGCCUCGUUAGAAUGUCACGAAAAGGCUUAUAGAGCUGUUUCUCAUAAUCCUGAUCUGGAAAUCGAUGAAAAGGUGUGGAAUGAUACAGUAGAUGCCUGUGAGGACUUGGUAGCAGCAUAUGAAUCCCUUGGUGAAAUGGAAGGUAAAUAUGGACCGGGCAGUUUGGUUUGCAAAGAUUGGAAAUACAAGUGUAGAUCGACUAUCAAGGCACUAACGAGUAAAGGCAAAGGGAGAUGGGACGACUCUCCUGGUUGGGAUAGACUGAUAGAGGCAAGAAACCAAAUAUGA